GCAUGGAUCAAAGCAGUGAAGGAUGUAUGAAAAAGACUGGCAGUGUGAAUCUUGACAAACUUAUAAAUGACUUCUCACAAAUAGAAAAGAAAAUGAUAGAAACCAGUGGAAAGAACAAAAUCCUGGAUAUUCAGUUGGAAAAGACUAACUCUUUAUUAAAAGUAAUGCAAACAAAAGAAGUCUCAAUGAAAGAAGAAUGUGCUACUCUUCAUAAUAUGAUAAAAGGGCUACAACAGACCCUUGAAUAUCAACACAAUUUGAAAGGUGAGAAUGAACAAUUAAAAAGAAAUGCUGACCUUAUAAAAGAGAAGUUAAAAUCUCAUGAACUGGAAUAUAAGAAUAAUAUUGCUAAACUUGUGAAUGAAAUGAAAAUCAAAGGGAAGGAACAUAAGAUAGAAAUAAGCAAACUUUAUCAGGAUAUGCAGAAAAAAGUUGAAUUAAAUGAAGAAAAGCACAAGGAACUAAUAGAGAAAAAGGAGAUGGAAAUAUCAGAGUUAAAUGCAAAGUUAAGAACUCAAGAAAAGGAAAAACAAAGUGAAAUAAUCAAACUACAGCUAGAGUUUGAUGCCAAACUAGCAAGACUUCAGACCAAAUCAAAAUCAUAUACAGAUGCUACUGUUUUGCCACAGAGUAUCUACAGAAGGAAGCUUCAGCAUCUUCAAGAAGAAAAAAACAAGGAGAUUGCAAUUCUUCGUAAUAACAUUCGUGAUUUAGAACAGCGCCUUUCUGUUGAAAAAGAUUCUCACCUUAAGCGUAGACGGUUUUGAGCACAGCUAUAAAUUCCUUAUUACUAUUUAAUUUAUUUAAAGACAAUGGAAAAUUUAUUUCUAUGUUCAGUAUAAGCAUACUACCUAAAUAAUAAAAUUAAAAACAACUUUAAACUUUUUUAUUGAGUUUAUUUAGACACAUCCAUAUCUUAGCCAUCUGCAUACUACAUUCUUGCUUAACAGUAUUAUCCAUAAAGGAGUUCAAGUUUAGAGGGUUUAAUUUCCCUAUUAAACCAUCAUUGACUAUGGAAAUACUCUAGGAAAUCUAAAAGAUAGACAACAUUCUUUUCUUUCCCAUUUCGUCUUUCAAGACAGCCAAAUAACUGUAUCAUACUCUUCAAAUUCAGAAGAGUGUGAUACAGUGUUAAAGAAAGAAAAUAAGAUACAAAGCCUUUAUUUGUAGAUGAUAGUAAAAAUCAAGAUAUGAGUAUUAGAUACAAAAAAGUAAGCAGAUAUUAAAAAUGUAGUCACAUAUAUUUUCUUAGCAAAAUAGUCAUGUGUUAAGUAUUUCUGGAUCUUAAACAGAAUCCACCUCUUUCUUUAAAGUUUUAAUCAGUUAAAAAUGUAAGAUUAAAAGAUAAUAUUAUUUUGAGAGAUAAGUAAAGAAAAGUGGAAAACAUGUCUUCGUUGUUCUUCCUCCAUUCUAAGUUACUAACUAUCCAACAGAAACCCCUAGGUCAUAGUUUACGUUUCUGUUCUCAUCAAUGCAAAUAGAAUACUGGAAAAAGAAAAAGAAAGACAUAUUAACCAAAAGCUGCAAUCACUUUUCAGUUGCCUCCUAAUAAAAAUAUUGUUUGGGUCAAAAUUUCUAUGGCAUAAAAUUUAAAAUUUAGAAACCAGUAUAGUAGAUUUCUCUGUUUGCACAUUAUCCAAUUCCUGGCUUUGGUUCACUAAUUAUUAAUUACAUGACUUGUAAAAAUGCUGGAAAUGAAAUUGUGUCUAGACCGGCUUGGGGAGUACAUCUUAUUUUAAACAUUUAGUUUGAAUGUCAUUUUCACUUUUUUGCCUUAUUUUUUCAGCUUCAAUUGGUGCCAACUUCUGUGGGAUCAAGCUGCUGACUUCUUUGUCAGGCAGCUGGAGGCAUUCGUCACUGACAAGAUUCAAUGACAUUCUCCUCUGCCCUAAGUCCCUGUCAGCUACAUAAAGAUGGGAGGUUUUCAGCACACUGUCAGGUGAUUGCAGACUCUCUUUUUUCAAAUAUCAGAUGUCGACAAUGGCAGCAACAGCUACUAGAAGCUG